AUGGUUGAACCGCAUACUUGUCUUACAGAUAACUAUAAGGAGGAUCAUCUCAAUUUGAAUGAUAACAUGAUUGCUACUUCAUUAAUACCAUAUGUUAUGCAAAAUCCAGACAUAAAUAUUAAGAUGAUCCGUGAAAUUAUCAAAGGAAAGCAUCACUAUACUCCUAGUUAUAGAAAAGCACAAAAAGGUCGAAGAAAAGCAUUUCGAAUGGAGAAAAAGUUUGUGCAACGGAUGCAACAAAUCAAAACAUUGUCUCUUGCAGCAUAUGAAUGGUUAAAUGAAUUUUCUUUGAAAAACUGGACUAUGUAUAAGGAUGGUGAUCGUAGAUGGGGUGCCAUGACGAUAAAUGUGUCUGAGUCAUAUAAUGGUUUAUUGAAAAAAGCUCGAGGGCUUCCUGUGACUGUCAUGGUUCGAAUGACGUUCAAAGCUCUCGUUGAUCAUUUUAUCGAAAGAAAUAAUCUUGCAAUUGCAUUACUUCAAAGUAAUAUGUCAUGGCCUCUUGCGAUAGAUAAAAAAUUUAAUGAUUAUUAUCAAAGAGCUCAAGGGCACACAUAUAUGAUGACUUACAACACAGGUGAUGGAGUUUUUGAAAUUCUUACUUUUGCUCAUGAUGGUAAAGGUGGAAAUGUCCACAAGGUUACUACAAAAGGUAAGAAAUGUUCUUGUGGAAAAUGGAGAAAUUAUUAUAUGCCUUGUUCGCAUGCCAUCAAAUUUGUGGACUUCGCGGAAUCGAGCCAAAAUCUUAUGUAA